AUGCGGUCAAAGCCUCGCCACCCCUCGCGGCUCGCGCUCCACCCCAUCGGGGUGGCGUCUGUCAUCAUCAUCGUUGUGGGGUGCCUUGCCUUCGGCUAUCACACGGGUGUCCGCCACACCGAGCGCGGGUUUCCGCCGCGCCUGGUGGAGCUCCGCGUGCUUGAAAGCGAGCUGAAAGUGGCGCUGCGCGUGUGCAAGAGCGAAACGCAGAAACUCAUCGACAACGAGCGCUUGAACAACGACCGUGUGCACGAGAUGGUAGAGGCGGUGGCGGCGCUGGAGGCCGAUCAGCAGACCGAGGAGAAUGCCUACAGGGCUAUUGAGAUGAAGCGAGAAAACUGCACAGCCACGCACGCGGGAGUGCGUCGACAUUUGGAAGAGCCGAACGAGAAUGACACUCUCGUUCGGUUGGAGGUGGAGGAGCUGAAGCGCGACAUCGACGCGCUUCAGGUGUCCAUUCAGAAGAUCACGCACGGUGAGGGAAUGUACAUUGUCAUGCUGAACCAAGGGCUGCAGCGGCUACGCUCCUUCUACAGCAAUUGGUGCAGUCGCACGCCCGGGUGUGUGGAGCUGACCGACUCGGAGCUGAUCGAGCGCUGGGGCUAUGCCACGGAAGACGAAGCGAUCAUGAAGGAAUUUGUGGAGCGGGACGAGGAAGCGCAGAGGACUAUGACGAACAAUACCUUCCCAGGAUCAUCGGCGAACACGACCGACAUUGCGUUUCAGCCCACCCUGGCGGAAGAAGGGGACGCCUGGACUGUAUCAGACGCACCCGUCUUCUUCAACCGCAGCGUCUACGACAAGCCGCUGCGCGGCAUGGACAAGGCCGCCAUGCCGCUGCUCCCCAUGCGAGUCACUACCGCGUUGGAGCGAUUUACCGACUACGGCCUCUGUGCCUACCGCCACCAAAACCCUAACUUCACCUUUCAGUCAGACUUCAAGUACUUAUCAGACACGACGCCUCCGCAGGAGAUGCAGGUAUCGGAAAAGGGGAAGGAUGUGGCCUAUCUGCAUGAGCUCGUGGCAAGCCCACUCCUUCGGUUCUGCAUCGACUGCAACUCCGCCGUAUGGACCGAGCAUUACAAGCUCGCCUGCCUUAGAGACCGUGUCCAGUCGCACUACGGCACCCACGACUUCUGGGCCGCACGCUCCCUCAUUCAGGCCAGUCCGUCGGUGCGGGACGCUGCCUUCCGCUAUUACGAGGCACGAGGCUGGCACAAGGAGAAGAUUUUGGCUGUCGUGCUCCACCAAACCGUUAACUACGAUCGUCUCCAGUGCGAUAAUGUCGUUGAUCGCAAGUAUGGGCUUCACUACCAGUACCUCAAGGCAAACUACCCAAACAUCACGGGGCUUCGACAGCACAUCUCGGACGACCGCCGCGUGCAGUGCUCGCCUUCGCUGGAAAUGAUGAUCGAGUACAUCCAGAAGGUGCGGGACCAGGCGUCGUACAUCUUUGAUCACGUCUACCUCUCCAUGGCCGAAGAUCAGCGGAGUACCCUGGAGUCGCUCCUGGCCGUGAACGAUGUGACGCAGCUUCGGCCGCUGCUUCUCCCAGCGUACACCAACGCGGAAGCUGAGGCCGCGACACCAGGCUUCACGGAGCUGGUCGACCUCGAGAUCGCGGGCCGCGCCACAGACAUUCUCGUUAGCCCCUUUCUUCCGUCGAGCCGCUAUGUCACGGAGUGCUUCCUCCUGAGGAACAAGCUUACCCCUGGUGAUCACGUGUGGACAUUCUAG